CUGCGGCUGCGGCUGGGGCUGCGGCUGCGGCUGCUGCAGCAGCGCUGCUCUUCUGAGGGCCUGGAGGCCGAGGCCUGGGUUGAGCCCGGAGCCGCUGCUCGACAGAGCCUCCUGGAGCCCCCGCGCCGGCUGAGCCUGGGGGCGGGCUCGGGUCCGGCCCGUCGCAGCACCCAGGACCGAGGCUGCAUGCGCGAGGACCAGGCCGGCGCAGCCAUGGAGGAGGCAUCUCCUUAUUCCUUACUUGAUAUCUGCUUGAGUUUCCUGACCACUCACCUGGAAAAGUUCUGUUCAGCAAGACAAGAUGGAACAUUGUGUUUGCAGGAACCUGGAGUAUUUCCACAGGAGGUGGCAGAUCGCCUGCUUCAGACCAUGGCAUUUCAUGGUUUACUGAAUGAUGGUACUGUAGGUAUUUUCAGGGGGAACCAGAUGCGGUUAAAGAGAGCUUGCAUUCGCAAAGCGAAGAUAUCUGCUGUUGCUUUCCGGAAAGCCUUCUGCCACCACAAGUUAGUAGAACUUGAUGCCACAGGUGUGAAUGCUGAUAUUACUAUCACAGAUAUUAUCAGUGGUCUUGGCAGUAAUAAGUGGAUCCAGCAAAAUCUCCAGUGCUUAGUGCUGAACUCACUAACUCUCUCCUUGGAAGAUCCUUAUGAGCGGUGCUUCAGCCGACUUUCUGGUCUUCGAGCUCUAAGCAUCACCAAUGUUCUGUUUUACAAUGAAGACCUGGCUGAAGUUGCCUCAUUGCCAAGAUUAGAGAGCCUGGAUAUUUCUAAUACCUCCAUCACAGACAUCACUGCUCUGCUGGCCUGCAAAGACCGACUCAAGUCUCUAACCAUGCAUCACUUGAAAUGUUUAAAAAUGACAACUACCCAAAUAUUGGAUGUUGUUCGAGAACUAAAACAUCUGAAUCAUCUUGAUAUCUCCGAUGAUAAACAGUUUACAUCUGACAUAGCUCUUCGCUUACUAGAACAAAAGGAUAUCCUACCCAAUCUUGUCUCUUUGGAUGUUUCUGGGAGAAAGCAUGUGACAGAUAAAGCUGUUGAAGCCUUUAUACAACAACGGCCCAGCAUGCAGUUUGUAGGUUUGCUGGCUACUGAUGCUGGUUACUCUGAAUUCCUGACUGGUGCAGGACAUUUGAAGGUGUCUGGUGAAGCCAAUGAAACUCAGAUUGCAGAAGCAUUAAAGCGGUACAGUGAACGGGCCUUUUUUGUCCGAGAAGCUCUAUUUCAUCUUUUUAGCCUGACACAUGUCAUGGAAAAAACAAAGCCAGAAAUUUUGAAGCUUGUGGUAACUGGCAUGAGAAACCACCCCAUGAAUUUGCCAGUGCAACUGGCUGCAAGUGCCUGUGUCUUUAACUUAACCAAGCAGGAUCUUGCUGCAGGAAUGCCUGUCCGGCUCCUGGCUGAUGUAACCCAUUUGCUGCUUAAAGCCAUGGAACAUUUUCCCAAUCACCAGCAGUUACAGAAGAAUUGCCUCCUUUCCCUUUGCAGUGACCGGAUCCUUCAAGAUGUUCCAUUUAACAGGUUUGAAGCUGCCAAACUUGUAAUGCAGUGGCUUUGCAACCAUGAGGAUCAAAAUAUGCAAAGGAUGGCUGUCGCUAUCAUUUCCAUUCUGGCUGCCAAGCUUUCUACAGAACAAACUGCACAACUUGGUGCUGAGCUUUUUAUUGUCAGGCAACUUCUUCAAAUAGUGAAGCAGAAAACCAAUCAGAAUUCAGUGGACACUACAUUGAAGUUUACUCUGAGUGCACUUUGGAACCUUACAGAUGAAUCCCCAACUACUUGCAGACACUUUAUUGAAAACCAAGGGUUAGAACUUUUCAUGAGGGUUCUAGAGUCCUUCCCAACUGAGUCAUCCAUUCAACAGAAAGUUCUAGGACUUCUGAACAAUAUAGCUGAAGUACAAGAAUUACAUUCUGAAUUAAUGUGGAAGGAUUUUAUAGACCACAUCAGUAGUCUCCUACACAGUGUUGAAGUGGAAGUCAGUUACUUUGCAGCUGGAAUUAUUGCCCAUUUAAUAUCCAGAGGUGAACAAGCUUGGACACUGAGCCGUAGCCAGAGAAAUUCUCUUCUUGAUGACUUGCACUCAGCUAUAUUGAAAUGGCCAACUCCAGAAUGUGAGAUGGUAGCAUACAGGUCCUUUAAUCCAUUUUUCCCACUGCUUGGCUGUUUCACAACACCUGGAGUCCAGUUAUGGGCAGUUUGGGCCAUGCAACAUGUCUGCAGCAAGAAUCCUUCAAGGUAUUGCAGCAUGCUGAUUGAAGAAGGAGGACUGCAACAUUUAUACAACAUCAAAGAACAUGAACAAACUGACCCCCAUGUCCAACAGAUUGCAGUGGCCAUUCUGGACAGCUUAGAAAAACACAUUGUGCGCCAUGGGAGACCACCUCCCUGUAAAAAGCAGCCUCAGGCCAGACUAAAUUGAGAGCCAUAGAUAGUUGAAUAAUUGAAUGGUAGGAAUCCUUUUUGUGAUUGGUUUGGAAUAUCUUCCUCUCUGUGGUGUUUUGGGCAUUCUAUAAGAGUCAUAAAAUCAGUUUGGGAUUGAUAUGUACAAUACUGCCCAUGUGAACAGUCUAAUUUGUCUUGUGAUUUUUAACUUAUGAGGCAACAGAAGUAUCUAUCUUCCUUCAUUGUUGUCUUUUAGGAAUUUUCCCAUCUAUUUCAGUGUUUAAACUUACUUGUGCUUGAGACUCUACAGUUUUAUGAAAAGUUUGCACGAACCUCUAUGCCAGACUUUCCUGAUCCUUCCAGUUCCUUCCAGUUAAUUUGCAGCUUCAGAUGAGCUGUUGAUUUGAUGUCUGGCAUUGCUUUAGUUGUAAAUUUUAUACCACUUCUGUAUAAAAUGCCUUUAUUCUCUGUGUAACUUUUAUAUGCUGCCCUUCUUAGUGUGAAAGAAUGGAAAUCUGCGUUGUUGUUGUGGAAGAUACUUACUGUCUGGAUAAUGGACUGUUGGCAGAAAAUUAUUAAGGAAGAAGAGAGUUUAGGAAUUGAGAAUUGCUAUUAUGGUAGAGUUUUUUAAGUGGAAUAGGCUACCCACCUGGAGGCCCCCUCUCUUGAGACAGUAAGUAGAAGCUGUUUGUUUUCCAUAUCUGUGGCUGGAAGCAUGGACUGCCACUUCCUACACAGACUGUAGGUUCCUCUACAGAUAUUUCCCCUAAGUAUCACAGUAUAAAGUACCACAGCAUUUUGUAUAAAGUCUGUCUGAGUCUCUAUAUGUCAUACUGUUUUUUUUUAAAGUGAAUUUAAAAAUAUAUCUCUGGUUAACACUAGCCAUCUUUCUCUUCUAUUUCAAAGUCAUUUUUGUUUAGUGAAAGUAUUGUUAACUUGCUUAAAGUACAGUUGACAAGAGUAAAUUUUGCCACAAAAAGUUAAAUUUGAGCUGAGGGUGUAGCUCAGUGGUAGAGUAUAUGCUUAUUAGCACAUGUGAAAACCUGGGUUAAAUUUUUGUUCAAAUACAUGUAUCAUGUGUCUUCUUUGUUUUAUUUUGAGGUACUAGUGAUUGAACUCAUACAUGUACCUUCUUAAUGUGUUCAUGUUGGAGAAAAACCUUGGCAUUUCACUACCAAAACAAAAGCAAGAGACAACUAAACUAGACUAUGGUUAAAUGGUUAAAUGUAAUGAUUUUACUCUGGAUAAAAUGGAAUGAAUCAUUUUUUAGACAGUUGCCUUUUUGCUAAAGUAUUUGAUACAGUAUAAUGAUCAUUUUCCUAAUAAAUUAUAGCAAGUCUCCAA